AUUCAUUUUGAUUUCAAAUGUCUCAAUAUGGUAAAGCAGAGUACUGGGAGGAAAGAUACACGAGGUAAGGUGAGUGAAUGAAUAGUUAGGGAUCCCGAACCAUUUGAUUGGUAUCAGAGAUUUGCAGGAGUGAAAGAUCUGGUUUCAGUAUGUUUCACACCUGAGAGUAAGCUUUUGAAUGUUGGAGCAGGCAAUUCAAGUAAUGAUAAUAUUGAGUUUGUGAGGAUUGAGCGAAGAGAUGUUUGAUGAAGGUUAUCAGAAUAUUACAAACAUCGAUAUCUCACAUGUAGUUACAAAGGCAAUGUAGGAGAAGUACAAAGACAAGGGGCCGAAUUUCAAAUGUAAGUAGGCAGUUUCAAUUAGAUUUACACAUGGAUGCAAGAGCGAUGGAUUUCGAGGAAGGAGCAUUUGAUGGGGCAAUAGACAAGGGAACUUUGGAUGCCAUAUUGGUAUAGUUUCAAGUAGAUUUUAAGUGUGGAGAGUCCUCAUCCUCGAAUGCGUAGAAGGUGAUCCAGGAGGUCCACAGAGUUUUGGGACCCAAGGGAGUUUUCUUUAUCAUCUCGUAUGGUUUGCCUGAGCAUCGAUUGCAAUACCUUGAGAAACCAGAAUAUGAUUGGUAUGUUGAGUUAGUAUUCUAUUGCAGGAAUGUGGUAGUUAAAUAAGUGCACAAGCCAACAAUUUCGACGUCGAUUGCCAUAACAAAUGAGGACAAAGACGCGCCGAAUGUCCAUUAUAUCUAUAUAUGCACCAAAGUAGCAGUUCAGAUUAUCAUUAGGGUCAACCCAAGGGAGCUAAAUAAUGAUUACGGAUAGAUAUAUAUAAUCGAC